AUGCAACGCCUGUUUGCUCGCUUUGUCAAAGUUUGGCGCAGCAACGAGUCUGCUCGAGCCUGCACUUACGCCUUAGUGAGCUUCUCUGCUGGCCUCACAGUUGGUGGAUUACUCGCUCAAUCAAACUUGAAGGAACAGGUUCUUUCACCUUCACCAGGCCCAGACAUUCCUGAUAGUGCUUCCUAUUUUGGCUUUCAAUCUUAUGAUCGUAAUCGGGUGUUGGCAGCUUUUGCUUCAGUUGGUCUGCCAGAGGGUGAUCCGGUUUCUGUAUACAAACGCUUUGUUGUCGCAAUCUCCCCUCACUUAGGUACGCAUUGA